AUGAAAGGCAACUGCGGCAAGAAGAGCAUCUUCAGCCCAGAGCUGCCAUGCUCCGUGGACGAAAAGGCCUCUUUGCCGAAAGAGCCAGGCUUCCGGGAGCUUCUGGUAGCCACUUGUGGAUCCGACUUCGCCGAAGGUCCGGUGUGUUGCACGCAAGCACAGGUGGAGAGCCUCUCGGCCAAUCUUCAGCAGGCCGAACCAUUGAUCUCCUCGUGCCCGGCCUGUCGCAACAACUUUCGGUCGCUGUUCUGCGCGUUCACCUGUUCACCGAAUCAGUCGCAGUACGUCGACGUUGUCGAAACCCAAGAAGUGAAGGGCAGCGACGGCAAGCCCUCUGAAGCCGUCAAGACGGUGGAGUACUUCAUCGGAGCAGAAUGGAAGCAGAAGUUCUUCGACAGCUGCAAGAACGUCAAGUUUGGAGCCAGCAAUGGCUUCGCCAUGGAUCUGAUCGGUGGCGGCGCCCAGACUCCGAAUGCUUUCCUCAAGUUCCUCGGCGACGAGAAGCCACUGCUCGGAAGCCCCUUUCAGAUCAACUUUCCCGACCAAAGCGUGGAUCACGAUAUACGACGAGCUUAUGCUCCGCCUCAAGCACCUCUACGGAACGACUCGCUUGCACCACCAAUUCCCUUCGACUGGAACCCCAGACAAUGCAGCGAUCUUGAUCUGUUGUCGCGCUGCGCUUGCGUCGACUGCCCCGACACUUGCACGGCCCUUCCCGAACUGCCUCCCAUGCACGGGCCCAAGUCGACUUGUUCCGUCGGAUCGCUCUCCUGCUUUUCCUUCACGGCUAUCCUUCUUUACGCGCUUAUUGUCCUCCUCUUCUGGUUCUGGAAGCCAAUCAGAAGCAAGAUCGGAGGUCGUCGCGGAGGCAUUGCCUUGCCAAAUGGAACGGGCCGUCUCAACCUCUCCAGCGAGUCCAGCGGGUUCGAGCGGGUCCGCAUGGGGUCUGAAGACUCCCUGGAUGGCAUCAAUAGCAGGACGCAGACUCAAAGGACGAAUUCUGGUGGCUCCAGAGGACUCGGACACUUUGGCGAAGCAAGCUCUUCGAGCUCUGCUCCGGACGGCACUUAUCGCGGCAUUGGAUUGGAACGCAACGACAAUCUGUCCGCUCUGGGCGCACUUCAGCCACGCAAAUACGCCCUGAAUCAGUUCUUGACUCGGUUCUUCUACCGCCUAGGUCUGUUCUGCGCGAGUCACCCCUGGCUCACGUUCGUGCUCGCAGCCGUCUUCGUCGGCGCUGCCAACAUCGGCUGGAAGGACUUUGAGGUCGAGGUGGAUCCGGUCCGUUUGUGGGUUGCGCCUGGCUCGACAGCCAAAUUGCAGAAAAAUAUCUUCGACCAAGAGUUUGGACCUUUCUAUCGGCCGCAGCAGAUCUUCCUCAUGGACCAGAGGUCAUAUCAGGGCCUCGCGACCUUGCGACACAACGCAUCGUCAGCUCAACUAGACGCUCUGCCGCCUGCCCUGUCCUGGGAACGCCUUCUGUGGCUCGCUGAUUUGGAGAAAGAGGUCCGCGAGCUUAGAUCGCCUUCGGGAGUUACCUUGCAGGACGUCUGCCUCGCCCCUGCAGGUCCGGGUACGCCUUGUGUGGUGCAAAGCAUCCUAGGAUACUUCCAGGACGACCCCAUCGGGUAUGGACUGGACGCGGAUAGUUGGGACCAAGCUCUGGAUCAAUGCGGUAGCAAUCCUGCCGAGUGUCUGCCCACGUUCGGACAGCCUCUGAAGCCAAAUAUUGUGCUGGGAGGCAGACCCGAGCAUGCAGAGGCAAGCCAGGCACGGUCCGCUGUCGUGACGUACGUACUCAACAACAGUCUCAACACCACCCUGGUCAGCUUGGCCGAAGAGUGGGAACGAGAGCUGCUCAACCUGCUCGAAGCGGUCGCAGCUGGGUCGUUGACCAGCUCGCAAGCGCAGAACCUGACAGUAGAACGCCACCCUCUCUCGGUAAGGCGUCAAGAGCUAGGCAUCCAAAUUGCAUUCAGCACUGGAGUCAGCCUCGAGACCGAGAUCGGAAGCAGCAGCAACACCGACGUCGGCAUCGUUAUUCUCUCCUACUUGACCAUGUUCAUCUACGUGGCUCUGACCCUCGGAGGCAGGCGCGGCAAAGCCUCGGUGAUCGAGGACGACCACGAAGAAGAUACGCCGAUCGUAGAGCCGGGCUCUUACCCUCGGAUGAGCGCAAACUCAAGAUAUGCCACGAAUGGACGUUCGAAGCUACUCACAAGCGUCCUUCGUCGUGGCAGGGCGCUUGUCAACACCUACUGCGUCUCGUCCAAAUUCACGCUAGGUCUUUUCGGCAUUAUCAUCGUGCUCUGCUCGGUCUCUUGCGCCGUAGGCAUCUUCAGCGCGAUGGGUGUCAAAGUUACCCUGAUCAUCGCCGAAGUCAUCCCCUUCAUGCUGCUGGCGGUCGGCGUGGACAAUAUUUUCCUGCUGUGCAACGAGAUGGACCGGCAGGCACUCGAGCCAACAAGCGCCGAGGCUGGGAUGACUCGUUCCGACCCUUCAACAGCCUCCCUUCCACCUUACAUGGGCGCGUCGAGCCAUCCGGCGCAUUCACCCUCGGACGAGAUCGAGGCACGGGAUGAUUUGUUCAUGGAGGCGCAUAUUUCAACGAGCCCGACCGGCCGCGACUCGAUUGAGGAGCGAGCAGCGCGCUGCUUGGCUCGUGUCGGCCCUUCCAUCCUCCUCAGCGCGACGACCCAGAUCGUCGCGUUCCUCCUCGGGGCAGUGGUGCCUAUGCCUGCCGUCAGGAAUUUUGCUCUCUACGCAGCGGGAAGCAUGUUCAUCGUCGCCAUCCUUCACUGCACCGUGUUCAUCGCGGCGAUGACGCUGGAUGCUCAUCGAGUCGAGAGCGGCCGCAUUGAUUGCCUGCCUUGCCUCAAGACGCCCCCGCAUCAGCAUCAAAUUCAGCUCCAGACCGACACUGCGGCUGGACCCAAAGAAGGAAUGCUCGACGCUUUCAUCCGCUAUCGAUACGGCCCAAUCUUGCUUCGAUCCAAUGUCAAGCGCCUGGUCGUCAUUGCGUUUGGCGCGGUCGCGGUCAUCAGCAUCAUCGGAGUUCGCAGAAUCGAGAUGGGCCUGGAUCAACGUCUGGCCCUUCCAUCCAAGUCCUACCUCCGGCCGUACUUCGACGCCAUCGACGUCUUCCUCGAUGUCGGUCCUCCUCUGUAUUUCGUCGCAUCCGGGGAAGAGGUCUCUCAGCGUCAAGGUCAAAGAGAUCUUUGUGGGAGGUUUACAACAUGCGCACCUCUAUCGUUGGCCAACACGCUGGAAGGCGAGCGUCAAAGACCGGAAGUCUCGUGGAUCGCGGAACCUGCCAGCUCUUGGGUCGACGACUUUCUCCAGUGGCUCAACCCUAUCCUCGAUGGAUGCUGUCGCGUCAAAAAAUCGGACCCCUCCGUCUUUUGCGGCCCUCAGGACAGUCCCUUUGCUUGUCAGCCAUGCUUCGAGGGCCGAGACCCUCCGUGGAAUAUCACGAUGGAUGGUCUUCCCGAAGGGGAUGAAUUCUACAGCUAUCUCAAGCAGUGGCUCCAUAGCCCGACCGAUCAAGAUUGUCCGCUUGGUGGUCAAGCGGCGUACUCGUCAGCACUCAGCAUCGUAACAGAUCCCAAGACUGGCAAGGAUACCGUGCGCUCAUCGCACUUCCGAACGUACUUUGCGCCGCUCAGGUCGCAGUCCGACUUCAUCGAUGCACUGGAGCAAUCGCAGCGAAUCUCGGACGACAUCUCUGCCCGCGUGGGCUACAAAGUCUUCCCGUACAGUCUGUUCUUCAUCUUCUUUGAGCAGUACACGUAUCUGCUCUCGAUGGCUGUUCAAGUGCUCGGAUCGGCUGCUCUUGCCAUCUUUGCCAUCAACACGGUGCUGCUUGGCAGCUGGCGUACCGGCGCAGUGGUGACGCUGAGCGUAGCAAGCGCCGUGUUCCUGGUGGCAGGGGCUAUGGGCUUCUGGGGCAUCCAGUUCAAUGCGCUGACGCUGGUCAACCUGAGCGUGUGCGCAGCGAUCGGUGUCGAGUUCUGCGCACAUAUCGCGCGCGCUUUCAUGCGUGCGCCAGGCGCUCUGCCUCGAUCGCAUCCCAUGUCGCAGAAGGAAAGGGACGAGCGCGCUUGGCUUGCGCUUACGGAUGUGGGAGGAGCGGUGGUCAACGGCAUCUUCUCGACUAAGCUGAUCGGCGUCGGCGUGCUCAUCUUCACCAAGUCCGAUCUGCUCAAGCUGUACUACGCCAAGACAUGGCUUUGCCUGAUCAUCGGCGGUCUUCUGCACGGCUUGAUCUUGCUUCCGGUAUUGCUCAGCUGGCUUGGCGGGCGAGGGUGGUCGAGCGGAGAGGACGAAUCGGAUGUCAAACGGCGAUUGAACCGGGCAGGAUCCGAAUAUCGACCCAUGAUGGCUUCCGAGCCAGGUGCGAGUGAUGACGAGGAGGGUCUUUGA